AUGAAGCUCUCCAGCAGCCUGGGCGACGUGCUGGCCAACUGCAGCAGCAGGAAGGCGGACAAGGAGUGCAUAAAGCACAUGAAAAGCAUCCUGACCGAGAAGAACAAAAAAAGGGAGGAGCAAACGAAGGAGUUAUUCGAAUUUUUAGCGAACAUCAUUUAUGAAGACCUAGAAAGAGACAUUUUAAAAAUAGACAUUUCUAACUUGGAGGAGAAAAAAAAAAAAAUUCUGUUCAACAAUUUGAGGAAGAUCUUUAAAAUUUUACUACCCUUUGAGAAGGAAAAUGGCUACCUGGAGGUGCUCUGUGAUUUUCUCUUCUACUUGUUUAAAUACAUGCGCAGAGUGAAUGUGAAGAAAUGCUACAAGGUGGUGAGGAAGGUAACUAGCAUGGGCGUCGCCACCUCUGACAAUGCUGAUGAUGUGAGCGGUGGUGGCAAGGGGGAGAGGAGGAGUCCCUUUCGAAUGAUGCCCUUCCUGCUUAGUAGCAACAUCCUCAUCUAUCUGGAAGUGCUAAAGAGAGAAGACAGCAAAAAUUUGCAGCAGGAGGAACACUAUUUUUACCAGACGGUCAAGAACAGCAUGAUGAGUAAGAAGUACAUUUUGACGUUGAGCCAAGUGGUGGGCAACGUAGUGACGAAUUUUCCUAAUUUCCCCCUUCUUAUCGACACAUCAUUUAACCUAUUCCUUUACGUACGAAAUGGGUUGGUUCCCUUUUUUCUAAAAAAUGUCUGCAAAAGGGUAACAGAUCUGUUUCAGAUAAAAGGGAACGAAAUGAACACAAAGUUUACUGUGAAGAAGUAUUACGGGCUUUUAUUUUAUGUUUACUUUAUGUACAAAUUGAAGAUCAUUACUUGUUUGCAUCUGAACCCUAGUACCACCGGAGGGUUACUAAAUGAUUCUGUUCAAUUGAGCACAAUCUUGGAUCUAUACUCUCACGUUUUGAGAGACUAUAAAAAUGUCUUGCAUUUGUGCUUCACCGUUAUAAGCAACAAGAAAAAUAAGAAGCACGUUAUGAACACUUUUUGUUUAUCCGUUAUCUACUUAAUAAACCUCCUCCAUUCUAACCACAACGACAUUAUGGACGUAUUCCCAGAGAGCGCAAAGAAUAACUCUCCAUUGUUUAAGAAAUAUAAGGAUGUCUUUUCCACGUACCGUAAAGUGUUUGACGCCAUGUUUAAGCUGAGGGAAGAGCCUGCGUUUAGUCUCUCCAAGGUGAAGCUUGCCGUGUUUUGUAACCUCUCCUCGGGUAGGUUCAACAAUCAUUUCGUGUCCAAAAGGGAGAAGCAGCGGAAGGAGAAGUGGGCACACAGGCAUAAUUAUGCCCUCAAGGAAGGGCAGACGCGGGACGGGCAAGACGGGCAAGACGGGCAAGACUGGCAAGACGGGAAAGACGGGAAAGACGCUCAUCCGCAUAAUGCAGAUCAGAAUAAGGCAGACCCACAUACCACGAAUCAUCACCGCCAUGCCAACUCCAUCGCCGAGUGGGUAGCCAAGAAGAAGGGACACAUGAACAAACACGAACUGGUGCAGUUAACCUAUAGGAGCGUAACUGAGCAGGACUACUCCUGCUUCGUCGUUUUCUCCUUCCUGUAUAUGCUGACGAUGAGAUUUAUCAGAUUGUAUGACUUCUCCCCCGUCCUACACGACAUUGUUUUUUACAAGUCUUUCCGCAUUGGCGAGAUCAUUAUGGAGGCUUCUGGUGCGAGUAACAAACAAGGUGGAAAGAACAUUCAGAGGGGCAAGAUGAUUGAGAGGGGAAAGACCAUUCAGUGCGGCAAGAGCAUUCCCAACAGGGGGGGCAUUCUUUCUGCACAGAAAAUUCCCACCACAGAACUCUCCAACAUCCUCUACAGCAGCGCCUUCUUGAAUUUACUCAAAGAUAAACUGUGCCUUUACCUCAACAUUGAUGCGAAUAUAUUGAAUCUCUUUUUUAUGAAUGAGUUGUACAAGUUUGCUAACAACAGGGAUUUGAAUUACAAGAAUUUGCACUAUUUGCUGGCCCACGACACGGGCACCAAGUACCACCGGAUGAAUGUCCUGCUGCUUCUGCAGAAGAUUAUCCUUCGCAAUGUGCUGAGGUACGCCCUAUCGCUGGGUGGAGAGGAGAAGAGCGGUAUGGAGAAGAGCGGCCAGGAGAACAACGACCAGGAGAACAACGGCCAAGAAAACAACGACGAACCGCUUCACGACGAACCGCUUCACGACGAAGUCCAUACUGGCAACCUGCACGCGGGGGAAGCCAGCCAACUGGCCUUCCUCUUCGCCAAACAAAACAAAAAGCUGAAAAUGCUCAACAUGAACGAGUUCGCCCUGGGAACCAAGGAACUAAAGGCCGCUGCGGAGAAGAAGGAAGAAAACACAUUCACCAUUUUAAAGAGCAUCGAUUUUGUGGACAUCACCGACAGCGCUCAGAAGAAGAACCUCCAGUUCGACAUGAACAUAAUUAACAUCGCCGUAAAUCAGCUAACCAAGGAAAGCUUCAACACAUUAAAAUCGAUCAUCUCAUUGCAAAAUAAGAAGAAGGAUAAAACCAAAAUGUACCUGAAGAAUUUGCGAUCCCUUGAAGUUUUACUAAAAUGCACAUACAAUUUUGUCAACCAAUUUUUGGCCAUAAUUCACCUGACUAAGUCAGGUAAAAAAUGCAUACUCUGUUGUAACGGAAAAAGGCAGCACAUUUUGUGCACACAAAAUUAUUACGAGAAUGUUAAGAAUAAGAAGAAGAAGAUAAAGACAACGGAAAGGGAAGUGUACCUACAGUUUGAACCAACGUUUGACAAAAGAUGUGUCAAAAGAAAAAACUUCCUAGUUGUGAAAAAAAUUAUUAAAUUCUGCGUUUCGAUCAUGAAGAAGGGAAAAAAAAACACCGCUGAGGAGAGGCAGAAACGACGACAUUGUAACGUUCAGACGGUGGAACUAUCCAAAGCUGUCAUUUUUCUUUUUAACCUUCUGAUAUUUCACAUGACUCAUACGUUAAGCAGUGCGAUGCAAAAAAGAAACAGUGACUCCAGGGUGAAUAGGAAGAAGCUCCAGAAAAGGUAUCGAAAGAUUUUCCUGGACGCGAACGCUUUGGUCAAACUGGCAAAUGCCCACGACUUGCAAGGACCCCUUUCGGACGAGUUAAAAAAACAGAUGGUUGUUUUCUCGAAGAACUACGUGCCCCUAAGCAAGCUUCUCAGCUGCAGUGCGUACAAAAAUGAGUUUUUACUUUUCGCGACGCACAGCUUCCUGCCCGCGAACAGGAGGAAGGGCUUGAAAUUUUCGAGGCGCAUGCACAGGCUGUUGAAGGAGUUGUCCCCGAGGCAGGUGAUCGAGGAGGGAGCGGCGAACAAUGGCGUAGAAAAUGAAGAAGAUGGUGAUAGAAAGGGCUACCAAACGGACGGGAAAACGGAACAUCAGACGGACGGGCAGACGGAACACCAGACGGACGGCCAAACGGAUGGCCAAACGGAUCACCAGACGGACAGCCAAACGGAUGGCCAAACGGAUCACCAGACGGACAGCCAAACGGAUGCCCAAACCGACGGCCAAACGGACGACCGAACGGAGGACCCAGAGGAGGAGCGAGACGGCCAAAGCGACAUCGUCGUGACGAACAACUUCCUGCUGGACAUACUGACAAAGGAUCCCAAAAAGGAGGAGAAAAAAAAGAAGCAGAAGAGCGGAGACCUAGAAGAGAAAAAAGAACGCACAGAUCUGUUUUACGACGUCACGUAUCUGCUGAAGCACCUGAAGGGCAACUUGAAGGACCAGAGUGCCGAGGACACCGUGAGGACGUUGUGCUACGUGGCUCUAUCCCUGGCGGUUAUCUCGCGCAAGGUGAAAAUGAUUGUGCGCUUGGGGGAGCACUUUGGCGUCGACGGGGGGAUCGUUGAGGGUAGCGGCGAAGGGAGCGACGAAGGCAGCGGUGAAGACGGCAGCGAUGAAGACGGCACCGAUGAAGAGGAUGACCAAGCCGUUGGAGAAGCCCCGGAGGAAGACUCUGAAGAAGCCUCUGAAGAAGCCUCUGAAGAAGCCGCCGAUGAAACCGCUGGCGAAGCCCAGCCCAGCGGGAACAGCGCGGCCCCCCCCCAAUCGCGCCCCGCCAUGUACGCAGCGGACCUGCGCACCCUGGACAAACAAAUCAAGCACAUCAUCAUGAGCUUCAAAGUGAAGAAAGAAAUUGUAGCGCAAGACAAAAACAGAUUUAUCGAACUCGUCAAAAACGGCGUCGUAAAAAUUGUGAAGAUAAUAGUAAAGGAAACAAAAAACACAGAGCUGUUAAAAAUUAUGAUGAAAUGUUUAGAGCAUUAUAAUAUGAUAGAAAGUAGAGUAACCCGUAAAAGCCACAUAGUGAUUAAUUACUUACUCGAGUUUUUAAAAAUCAUUUUCUUCUUUCCCCAAUUGAGAAACUGCUAUUCAAGAUACUUAAGCCUAUUCUUCAAAAGCGCCUUUGUACGGUACUUAAAUAUCAGCGAGCUUUUUAACGGAAUGUACAAGAAGCAUUUUGCAAAGAUAAUUAAAAAAUUUGCAUCCAAUUUUGAUGUUACUUUUUACCUGAACAGUCAGGUAAAAACGCAAGUUAUCCAAUUAGAGGAAAGGGAAUUUAUUUCAAGACAGAUUAUGGCCAUUUUCAAAGAUUGCAAUAAAAAAAAAGUGAACAAAAUUAUGCCUGAUGAUAUCUGCAAUAAUUAUAUUUCCAACUUACUACGUCAAGGUAGGACGAAUGAAAAAAGUUUGCUAAACACGUUUAGUUUAAAUGAAUUGUCCCACCUCGUUCAUCACAUUUGCCUAUACCUUAACAACAUAUUGAUGAGCAACAAUGUCUACUUAUUUAAUAAGAAGGUGACGCUGAAUUUGUUGGGAUUACUAAAAAAGAUAAAGGGCAUUACGUACAUGCAAGGGGAUCAUAACUUACUCCUUUUUAAGGACCAGCUGGCACACACACACAUGGCAGAAGUUCAGAAAUUUCGUACUCUCCUGGAUGAACGCAUAGAUAGCCAAAACAUACAAAUUAACAUUAACGAUUUUCACAAAAGACUUACGAGCAUUUUGCAGGACGGGGCGCAGCCCGGCGGUGUGAAGCGGCCAAAUGAGUCGGAGGCCUUACCGGGGGGGAAGCGGCUGCGAAGUGGCUAA